CAGAUUUUUUAUUCUAUUUUGCAACAUAACCUAUAUUUUAAUAUUAAAUAAACGUUAAUUUUAAAAAAACUAACUUUAAUAUGAAUAAAAUUUUUCCACUAUGGAAGACGUGAACGUAGACGUUGAAUAUUGUAACAAAUGUGGUUAUUUAUACAAAUACGAGGAAUUAGCAAAACAUAUUAAGGAAAAACAUCCUUCGAUUAAUUUAAAAGGUCGUGAGGGCCGUAGAGCUUCGUUCGAGGUAACAGUUAACGGCACGUUAGUGCAUUCAAAGCUCUCUACUUUAGCAUAUCCUGAUUAUGAAGAUCUUUCGAAAAUCAUAACGGAAGCUCAAGAGGGUAAACCCAUAAAGGCUCCAUGUAAACAGCAACCCAUUACUAGCUGUGUAGUGGCAUAAAUAGGUCAGUAAAUAUUGAAUACUAAUGUAUGAAAUGUAAGUGAUCAAUAUAUUUAUUAAUAAAGAUUAACUAUACAAG